GGAGCGAGCGGAUGCAACCGUGUGGCAGAUAAAGGAAUUGCCACUUGGUUGACAACUCGAUAGGCGAGAGGCAAUGCACCGUGGCACACGUCAAGCAUUUCUGCGUUCAGCUUGUUCGCGUGCAGCCAGAAAUCCUUCGCACAUUAUCUCGCGAGAACUCGAAUUUCAUAUUCAUCGCUAAGAACCGGAGGACGUAUCGAUCAGCAAGCAGAGCCGCCGGAAUUGUUCUACUGGGUCGAGAUGGCGCAACAGGGCAUUGAGAGUGGAGGAGAUCGUCCGGAACCGCGGAUGGAAGAUCGUGAGUCUGCUUCUGCAAAGCACAUGGAGCAACUAGGAGCCGCCAGAGCUCGGAAUGAGAAUGAAGCAAGCAAGCCCAUGAUUCAAAAGAUACAAGAUACUACGAGCAGCAUCAAAGACUAUGUCGCCGAUAAGAUGGACAGUGCGAGCGCAGCAAUGAAGACAUCCUUUUCAACCGGCAACGAAAGUAUCGCAGAGCGCUCUCGAGACUCAGUUCAAGGGUGAAGACUUAUCUGUCUCGGAGGUUUGGUCGUUCAUUGAUGUCAAGGCUCUUGAUGCUGAAAUUGAUGUUACAGUAGAUCUUCGCUGCUAGAUACAUGUAGUCGACAUAUUGCUCGGACGUUUUGAUGUAGGGUCUGAUCAGGAAGAGAUAAUCAGAAACUCAGCUGUAUGAACUAAGUGAGGAUGCAUAGAAAGACUUGACACUGAAGACUGGGCAUAGUGUAAAUAGAACAGUUUGUCACGGUCAAAGCUGCAAGAACUCCCUUGCGGGUAUCAGUUGACAAUUGAGAAUAGUGAAUUUUUGACUAGAACAAUCGACUACCAAGAGCAGAAAGAUGCCAUUUAUCGUUGAGACAUUUCUUUUUGGGUUCAUAGUGAAUGUUCUGUGCAUGUGUCAUGCUGGCUGGAAGUAGAGAACGUUCGUUUGGUCAUUGGCAAAGCAAUGUUUUCUUAGUGAGAGUAAUCUGAACAGCUCCUAGAGUUAGUGUCGCAUUGCGCAAAGACCGUGUGGACUCUGUCUGAUUUCUGACUCUUGACAAUCCUGAAAUCCCACAAAAGUAAAUGUAUGACCGUUCUGAGCAGAGUCUGUAAUUGAUGACUUCUUGCACACUGCAAAUUUUGGACAUCUCCACGCAAGAAUAUUUGGGAAUAUCGACGGUGAAUACAGCAGUCAACAAAAGUAUUAAAUGGUGGUAACAUGGAACAGCAAAGUGCACCAACUGUUCGGUGAAGUAACGGUAUUUUGCCCCUCCAAAGUGGCUAGCCAAAGUACCCAAACCGGGGCCAAAGUGGCCCGUCAGAAUAGUUGGCUGCCUAUGAGCGUCAUCAUUUCCCCACAGCUAUCACAAACUCCACCACAUCCCCGCCACCGUAUCCGUUUUCGCACUGUGCAGUACAGAUGUACUUUAUUGUGGUAGGGAUGCUUAAUUUGCCGUAGUAUGUGUGUACGGUGAGUAGCAAACUCUUUUCCCUCACAGGAUGGCUUUCAGUUAGAACGCCGUGUCUUAGUGUACAGACGACAUUUAUUAAAAGCUCUGCUCUGUACUGUACUUCAGAGGACUUUCGUGAAGUAGUACGUUGUACCGUGUUGUCAUUGUAACCGCGCUCCCUUUGCGACUACAGUAUCUGCGUCACUGGACUUGGUCGGUCCGGGUCACGACAGGUUACAAGGGAGGUACUUGGUCAAUCGCCCAUAGUGACCCACUGUCAAAAGGAAACUCGGACGGACAAGUUGAACAUUGACUUCCCAACUUCACCAGCGAUUCGGCAACCAUUCAUGACAGAUUUGGCUUGCACACCUGGCAAGAGAUGUAGGCAGAAUGGGCAAACCACUCCCUGCCUAUCAGA